UUAUUCUAAUAUUAUUUAUGUAGCUAUAUUGACAUAUUUUUACCGGGACAUAUGAAGUUAUAAAUAUUGUAAAGAAAAUGAAUAUUGACGAAAAUUUCAAAACAUGGUUUAGAGAAAAUUUAUCUAAUUUGCUUGGAUUUCCAGCUGGGGAUGACUUGAUUAACUAUAUUCUAUUGUUUGAAAGUGAGAGAGAUAUUCAAGAAUAUUUUAGAAGUCUUCUUGACUUUAAUCAACUUAAAUCAAAACAAUUUUUUGAGGAGUUUUUAAAAAGAUGGAAGCCACUUGAUAAGUACAAAAUAAACAGUGUAGGCGGAGAUUCUACUUCUGAUAAAAAAAGGCAUGAUGAUUUCUCUCAAAAGAGAAAUAAAACAGCUAAAAAAGAUUUAGAGAAAUCAAGCCAAAAAAGUAGUGUUGGGCAGAAGGAUUUUAAAAAUGUUAAUGAAUUUCCCAGCAAUGCCAGAAAAGACAUAAAAGAAAAAUAUUUAGAGACAACAUCCACACCAUUAAAAACAACAAAUGGAAAUAUUGAUAAAGACUUUAUCUCAAGUGAAGAUAAUCAAGUCAAGGGUCUAUCUCCUUUCAAACGAAAGAAUUUUAAAUAUGUGCCUCUUUAUAGUGCUGACGGAAAAUUAAAAACAGAAACUAUCCUUUUACCUGGUAGACAUGCAUGUCAAUGUUUAGCCCAAAAGCACAAGCUUAUAAACAACUGUUUUCAGUGCGGGAGAAUUGUAUGUGAACAAGAAGGUUCAGGCCCUUGUAUUUUUUGUGAGAACCUUGUAUGCAGUAUUGAAGAACAAGAGAUAUUAUGUCGGGAAUCAAAGAAAAGUAAAAAGUUAAAGGAGCAACUAAUGAAUCAAAAAGCUGAAGUGUUUGAAGAAGAAAGCAAAAAGAUAAGUGACUCAGAUUUACAAAAUGCUCUUGCCCAAAAAGACAAAUUAUUGGAGUUUGAUAAAAACAGCACAAAGCGAACCAAGGUUAUUGAUGAUGAAGCUGAUUAUUUUUCAACAGAUAGUCGUUGGUUGUCAAAAAAGGAAAAAGAAUCUUUAGCUAAAAAAGAAAAAGAAAUCAGAGAUCAGCGUUUUAAAUCUAAACUUGAUAAAAGAAUAUGCUUAGAUUUUUUAGGAAGAGAAGUACAUGAGUCUACUCAGGAGUUUUUUUACAAUGGACAAGACGAUGAAGUAAAAAAAACUGUAUCAGAUACAAAGUUUAAUGGUGUAACUGUUCAAAAGAAUAAUAGUUUGUUAGUUGAUCCUAGAAUAUUUAUUGAGUCACCCAAGUUUCAAGCAAAUUGCUUUAAAGUUGACGCAAAUUUAACUUCAAAAAACCAAAAGCAGUUCAACUCCCAACACAAAAUGUCUCAUCAAAUGAAUCGACUACAAGAUAAGGAGCUACAAGAGGUUGUUGAUAGAGGAAUGUGCUUAAGUAUGCACCAACCAUGGGCAUCACUUCUUGUACAUGGCAUUAAAAAAAUAGAAGGUCGAAGUUGGUACAGUACACAUCGAGGUAGAUUAUGGAUUGCAGCAACAGCAAAAGAACCAGAAAAAGAACUUAUUCAACAAAUUGAAAAUCAAUAUAGAUUGCUUAAUGCAGACAAAGUGGUUGAUUUUCCAAAAGAAUAUCCUAUUGGAUGUCUUCUUGGAUGUGUUAAUGUGGUAGAUUGCAUGUCAAAUAAAGAUUAUUUUAACUCUCAUCCAGCUUGCGAAGAAGAUUCAUCAUCAGAAUAUUUAUUUGUAUGUGAAAACCCGCAACCUUUAAAAGUCAUGUUUUCCAUGAAAGGACAACAUAAAAUUUAUAAGUUAGAUGCACAGGUGCAUGCUUCUGCAAGAAAAAAUUUACUCUUCAGUUGAAAAUAUAAAUUAGUUGAUAUAUAUGGUAGACAAAUAAAUGCAUAAAAAUAUUGUAUUUACUUUUGUCAAUAAGAAAAGAGCUAAUAACUUAAAUAUAA